CUCUUAUCGGCUCUGCUCUACUCUGCUCUACUCUACUGUUAUCUGCUCUGCUCUGCUCUGCUCUACUAUUAACUGCACUGCUCUGCUCUACUCUAUUCCAGGUUUCCCAUGCCCUGAUGCGUUCCAUGCACUCCCUGCUCCCCUCCCCCUGUCCUACUAGGCCAGGUAACCCCGGGUCAGACCCACACCCUGCAUCCCCUCUAGUCUGCAGCCCGGAGGAGCCCGACCCGGCCCAGAACACCCCCCUCUCCCCUGGCCCCGACAGCAAUGAGAAUAGCUUCUCUGUCAGCCUAUCUGAUCUGAGGCAGUGUACCAUUGAGCGGGGGGAGGAGGGAGGGGACCUGGUCUCACGCCCAUCUCCGUCAGCAUGUGCCCACUCUGUUAUCUCAGCCAUCCCUCCACAGGAAAUACAGACCAUGAUCCAGGAAGUGAAAGCUCUGGAUGAGGAAACACUGAAGCAAUUUGAGCACAUCCAAGUGGUGAUUCUGCACAAGGAGGAAGGAGCAGGUCUGGGUUUCAGCAUUGCAGGUGGGAUAGACCUGGAGAGCAAGGCCACCACAGUACAUCGUGUUUUUCCCCACGGCCUGGCGGCUCAAGAGGGGACCGUGGAGAAGGGUGACGAGGUGCUGUCCAUCAACGGCCAGACACUAAGGGGUGCGACACACGCUGACGCCACCGCCACGCUGCGCCAGGCCCGCACCAUGAGACUGGCCGUGGUGGUGGUGAGCAAGGGGAGAGAGGGAGGAGGAGGUGGGAACAAGACUGAUGAUUCCUCUGUCAGCAGUAGCAGUACAGACCUCAACCCCACAGUGGAGGAUGGGGGAGCCAUGCUGACUGUGGAGCUGGAGACAGGAGGAGGGGGUGUGGGCUUCAGUUUGGAUGGAGGGAAAGGCUCUAUCCAUGGAGACAGGCCUCUGGUCAUCAACAGGAUAUUUAAAGGUGGUGCUGCGGAGCAGAGCGGGUUGCAGUCUGGUGAUGAGCUGCUGCAGGUCCAGAGCACCUCCCUCCAGGAGCUGAGCCGCUUCGAGGCCUGGAACAUCGUCAAGGCUCUGCCUGAGGGGCAUAUCACUCUAGUCAUCAGGAGGAGGAAGGAGGAUGAGGCAGAAGGGUCUGCCUGAGGGACAUCUCACUGUAGUUAACAGGAGGAGGAAGGAGGAGGAUACUGAGGAGUUACCCUUAGACACUGAUUUCAGAUUAGUUUACACUGUUUAUACUUAAUUGAUUUCCAGAUACAAUAGGUCCCUGACUACCUACGGAGGUAGUCAGAAAGAUCUGAUCACAAUUACACUUCUUUAAAAAUGUGGGCACAAUCAGAGUGUGGACAAGAUCAGGACAAAGGACUAAUGUUAGCACCAACUAUAAACGGGGCUAUUGAUUCUCAAGAUUUGGCCACGUAUUGAUUGUGGCCACAUUUGUAGACAGGAGUCCGCAAUUAAAAUACCUAUUGUGAUUGGAUUGUGAUCAGAUCUUCCUGAUCACCACCGGAGGUAGUCAGGCACACAUGUUGUCUGGAUAUCUUCCAAGUGUAGACGGAUGUGGACAGGGAAACCAUUUAAAUCAUCAUUAUCCCUCUAAAAUCUUUGACAGGUGGCGCCAUCGUCUUAUGGCAUCAAUAUGAGUCUUUAAAUAAAGAAAAUACAUAUUA